AUGGAAUUUGGAAUUAAUGUCAGUGCAAAGGUUUAGCCGUGUUUAUUUCGGUUUUAGUGAAAUCCAUAGUCUUACUGUUUAUAUUAGUACCAAGAGUUACAAUUUAAUAUUGUUUAUUCUCUAUUUAAUUUGGAUACUUUAGUACUAUACGGACUUCACAGGAAUGUAAUAACUUUAUCAUGGGCUACACUGUUUCUCGCGAGAUCUGCCCUGGCUACACCUUAGUUUCUUCUAAAUGGAGUUCGUGUUGCCUCAUUUAGGAUUUCGGUUUAGUAAAGCAAGGUGUGCUUAGGCGGGCAAGGAAGCCAACAGCUGACGGGUCAGAGGUUACAUCUACAGCACAGAUUGCCUGUUUUCAAGGCAAAUUUUGCUUGUUUUGCAAGCCUCUAGUGGAGUGAUUUUCAACCUUUCCUCCUGCAACUUUUUUUUUUCCAGUGUCCAAGGAAAUAUACAGAUGACAAACCCUGUGACUGAUGAUUGGCUCUAACGAUGUAUCUGCACAGAAGUAAAAUUCUCGCAGUGCUGCUCCUUUCAGAGGCCCUAUGCCUCAUUCAAAGCUUUGAAGAACCAGUUCUUGAGGAAUGGCACCUGCUUCAUGUGGUGCAAGGCCAUGUUGGCGGAGGUAACUACAGCUAUUUAAGGCUUAACCAUGAUGGAAAAAUCACUCUUUACAUGCAGAGUCUUACAGGUGAUGCUGACUUGUAUGUUUCUGACAAAACCUUACACCCCAGCUUUGACAACUAUAAACUCCACUCAGCAACCUGUGGUCAAGAUGUUGUAGUUGUGCCAGUGGAAUUUCUGCGACCUGUGGGAAUAGGCAUUUAUGGGCAUCCGUCUUAUCAAGAAAGUAGUUUUGAAAUGAAAGUCUACUAUGAUUGGACAGUUCAAGAUCUUUUUUCUGAGUCUUCUUACUUGGUUGAAGAUAUGGAGAGACAUGAGAGGCAAAGUCAGUCCUCCGAAGAGGAACUUCAGGAUGAAGAGACAGUAAUUUGGACUAUUCUAAUUGGAAUUCUUAAAUUGAUACUUGAAAUAUUGUUUUAGUAAUGUCUAAAAUAAAUGUGUGCUGAAAAAACAAUGCAAACAUAUACAGCUAUUAAGACAUUACUUUGUAAAUGGAUCACUUUACAGGAGGAAACAACAAAAUAAAGAAACUAUUUGCUUUUUUUUUGUUUGUCCGCCCCCCCCCCCCUCCCAAAAAAAUGUAAAUAAAAAUCAGUGUUUUUAAGGUGGCUCAGAAAUGAAUCAGGGCUGCGCACCUAUUUUGCAUUACAGACUGUUUAAGACCCAAGUAAGCAAGCAUGUGGUGGUCUCAACAGGCAGUGUUUCUCUGAUAUGCUUAUAUAAUUGUAUCUAGUCUGACAUGGCAACAAAUUAAACAAUUAAAAAAUGAUUUAAAAUAAAAAAUAACAAGCAUGUUAGUGAUAUUCUCCCCCCCCCCC